UCAAGUGCAAAAAAACGACUCAGAUGGGCCAUACCGCCUUCUUUACUGCUCGAGUAAGGGUAACAAAUGGGGAGUUAUGCAAGAGCUUGAAAAUGGUGUAGAACCCAAUGUAGGAGAUUACGAUAAACGGACAGCACUUCAUUUAGCAGCCUGUGAAGGUUGUACCGAAAUUGUUCUUUUACUUCUUGAGAAAGGGGCGGAUGUCAACUCUACUGACCGAUGGGGUCGUACUCCACUUUCGGAUGCACGUGGCGUAGGUCACAAGGAAAUUUGCAAAAUCCUUGAGGCGCAUGGAGGAAUUGAUCCGGUUUUAGCUGAUUCUCAGACUCCAUGUUACCUGAUUGAUUACAAUGAAGUUACAUUGAAAGGAGCAAUUCUUAUUGGCGAAGGUGCAUACGGUGAAGUUUAUAAAGUAAAAUGGCGUGGUACAGAAGUUGCUGCAAAGACGAUCCGCUCUUCAAUUGCAUCAAAUGAGAAAGUGAGGAAAGCGUUUCUGAAGGAACUUGCGUUAUGGCAAAAGUUGCGCCACCCGAACAUAGUGCAAUUUCUUGGCGUUCUGAAAGACUCGGACCGCCUCAUUUUCUUAACUGAAUAUCUAAAAAAUGGAAGUUUGUACGAUAUUCUAAAAAAGAGAGGAAGACUUGAACCGUUGACUGCCGUGUCUUAUGCUUUGGAUAUCGCAAGGGGUAUGACUUAUCUUCAUCACCAUAAACCGCAUGCUAUAAUUCACAGGGAUUUGACCCCAAGAAAUGUAUUGCAAGAUGAAGCUGGGCGUCUCAAAGUUACGGACUUUGGCUUGAGCAAAAUUGCACAGGAGAAGGAUGUUUACGGCUACAAAAUGACCGGAGGAACUGGAUCAUAUCGAUACAUGGCUCCUGAAGUAUAUCGUAGGGAAUCUUACGGCAAGAGCGUUGAUGUUUUCUCGUUUGCCUUGAUUGUCCACGAAAUGUUUCAGGGCCGGCCAUCUAAUAGCGAAGAGCCACCAGAACAUGUAGCGGACCAACGAGCAUAUGAGGACUCACGCCCACCACUAUCUUCGUAUUUAUACCCUGAACCUGUGAGGAUGCUUCUAAAAAGAUGUUGGCACCGGAAUCCUGAUAUGAGGCCAAAGUUUGAAGACAUCAUAACAGAACUUGAAAUUAUUUUGGAUAAUGCACAAACAAAGGCGGGCGUUGGAUUAUGCCGUACCUGUGCAAUCUUAUGAGUUGCUAUCAUCUCAAGACGUUUUUUUGGCAUUCUGUGCGCGUAUGGUAUAUACAUACAUACACACAUGCGUACGUAUAGGUUCUCUUGUUCUUAAUGAUGGUGUAUUACGUUGGUGUGUGUAUAUAUAUAUAUAUGAUAUUAUAUGAUAUGUGUAAUGUAAAAUGAUGUGGAUUAUGGAAAAUGAUAUUUCAUCUUAUGAUGUAUUUAUAAAUAAAGUUGUUUAUUAA